UCGUGUCAGCCACACGCAGCACGUGGCCCCCUCCCCCCGGCCUGCGUGGGCGUGUGGCCAAGCAGGAAGGACAACACAAGCAGGCUUCAAAAGCUCUGCAAUAGUGGAGACUGAAGAGACGGUAGUGGUGCAGCCCAGCUUCUUCUUUCUCUUCCCGUCGUCGCUUUUACAGAGAGAGGCUCCGGCGACUCCGACCACUCGAGCACGAUCUCAGGGUCAAAGCAGGAGGCACACCUUUGAUGGCGCCCCUGGAGUCAGGCUCCUCACAACCCUUCUUCGACAGCAGUGCGAUCGACGGCCCGUUCGAUAUCUACGAGUGCGGUACCUUGGCAGGUACCAGAGUUGUGCCAGAUCCACCUCCAUUACCUGGAACUUCUUAUGGCAAGCAGAGAGCUUCCAGGAAAGCAAAAGAGACUCGUUGUGUUCAUGUCCCUGAGGAGGUCCAGGACUGCUGGAACAGGCUAUUCUUGGAAGGAUAUCAAGCCGAUGUCCGCGUGUCGACGGAUGAUGGGAGCGAGAUUUUAUCGCAUUCAUGCAUUCUUGGCAUCAGAUCUCCCGUUCUGAGAAGUAUGCUGGAAGAAGCUAGAGUGGAAGAUGGUCUCAGAAACAUCCUGAUUUCCGGUGUACCAUCUCAAGCAGUCCGUGUCUUCAUCAGAUUUCUGUAUUCUUCACGCUUUGAGCAGGAUGAGAUGAAGAAAUACGCCCUUCAUUUGCUCGUACUCUCUCAUGUUUACUCGGUACAAUCUCUGAAGAUCGUCUGUACCGACCAGCUCGAGAGGUUUUUUCUCGCUCCUGAUAACGCGGUGGACGUUCUACAACUUGCACGGCUAUGUGACGCACCAAGGCUCUCACUCAUCUGUACUCGUAUGAUCACUGGAGAUUUCAAGACCAUCUCUCUGUCAGAAGGGUGGAAAGUGAUGAGACGGGCCAACCCGAGCCUGGAGCAAGAGCUUCUUGAGUUUCUUGUUGAAGUGGACACAAGAAGGCAAGAAAGAGCUAAAAGGCUGGAGGAAAAGAAGGUUUAUCUUCAGCUGUAUGAAGCUAUGGAAGCUCUUGUUCAUAUAUGCCGAGACGGUUGUAGGACAAUUGGUCCCUGGGAUCAGAAACUGAAGGGCAGUCAGGCUGUUUGCAAGUUUCCUGCCUGCAAGGGCAUCGAGUUGCUGGUGCGCCAUUUCUCGGCAUGCAAAAUGCGGGUGCCGCGUGGCUGCGCCAACUGCAAGCGCAUGUGGCAGCUUCUUGAGCUGCAUUCGCGAAUGUGUUCCACACCAGGCACCUGCAGGGUUCCUCUGUGCAGGCAUUUUAAGGAUAAAAUGCGGCAUCGGAGCAAGAAAGAAGAAAUCAAAUGGGUCCUAUUGGUGUGUAAGGUCCUAGGGAGUAAAGGAACAAUUGAUUCCGUCCUAAAAGCGAGAAAAAUUUCACCCCUCAAGCCAAUUGGAGCUUGACGUGUAGUUCGACAGUAAUAACGUGAGCAGUGACAGUAAGUACAGGUGUGUAUCAUCUAGGUUUGAGUUGAGUUACAGAUGAUGGCGACUGCAGAA